GUCUUCGUCUGUAAAAAUCUCUCCUUCUCCCACCCUCCCCUUUUCUUCUUCCAAGCCCAUUAGGGCCGCAGCGGUGAGCCCCAGUGGAGGAUUUACAAGUGGCUCCGCGACGGAACGGAGAGCAGCUGCCAAGGCACGGAGCUGACCGGGGAAGUUUCGGCUCGGCCAUGGGGUCCUGAGGGCCUUUCCCCCCGCCCGUUCCCUUGAGCCCCGGAGGGUCGGGUUCCCUGGCAGAGAAGGGAAGGGGAGCGGCGGCGGCGGCGGCUACAGGGCGGCUGGUGUUUGCAGUGCCUCGUGGCGGUUUGAACAACAAAAAAUAAUGAUGAUUGUAGUAACUGGAGCCAUGUCAGUGCCUGAGUCAGAAUUCCCUGCCAGCACCCCUGCCACAGCCCCUAAUUUAUCCAGGAUGCCUGAGGAUGGCAGCCUCACCGCAGUGGAGCAGCCAAUAUUUCUAAUGACAACAGCUGCCCAGGCCAUCUCAGGUUUCUUUGUGUGGACAGCUGUGUUGAUCACCUGCCACCAGAUCUACAUGCACCUUCGCUGCUACAGUUGCCCCAAUGAGCAACGCUAUAUUGUCAGGAUCCUUUUCAUCGUUCCCAUUUAUGCUGUUGACUCAUGGCUCAGUCUCCUUUUCUUCACCAAUGACCAAUACUAUGUUUAUUUUGGGACAAUACGGGAUUGUUAUGAAGCUUUUGUCAUCUAUAACUUUCUUAGCCUCUGCUAUGAGUACCUAGGUGGAGAGAGUUCCAUCAUGUCUGAGAUAAGAGGAAAGCCUAUAGAGUCCAGCUGCAUGUAUGGGACUUGUUGCUUAUGGGGAAAGACAUACUCAAUUGGUUUUCUGAGAUUUUGUAAACAGGCCACACUACAAUUCUGUGUGGUGAAGCCCCUCAUGGCAAUUAUUACAGUUGUUCUUCAGGCAUUUGGAAAGUACAAGGAUGGAGACUUUGAUGUCAGAAGUGGAUAUCUCUAUGUGACAAUCAUUUACAAUAUUUCAGUCAGCUUGGCUUUGUAUGCCCUCUUCCUCUUCUAUUUUGCCACCCGUGAACUUCUCAGUCCUUAUAGUCCUGUCCUAAAAUUUUUCAUGGUCAAGUCUGUUAUUUUCCUGUCUUUUUGGCAAGGGAUGCUAUUGGCCAUUUUGGAGAAGUGUGGUGCAAUCCCUAAGAUCCGCGCAGCCAAUGUAUCUGUGGGGACCGUAGCGGCUGGCUAUCAGGAUUUCAUCAUCUGCGUGGAAAUGUUCUUUGCAGCUAUUGCUCUGCGGCAUGCAUUCACUUACAAGGUCUAUGCAGACAAGCACCUUGAUGCGCAAGCGGUUCCAUCAUAUGGUCCAUAUGGACGGUGUGCCCCAAUGAAGAGCAUCUCUAGCAGCCUUAAGGAGACCAUGAACCCCCACGACAUCGUCCAGGAUGCUAUACAUAACUUCUCCCCAGCCUACCAGCAAUACACACAGCAGUCCACCCUGGAACAUGGACCACCAUGGCGGAAUGGCAAUCACAUCAUUUCACGUUCUCAUAGCACCUCUGGUGUCCGGGAUAAUGAGAAAACCCUGCUUUUGAGCUCAGAUGAUGAGUUUUAAGGGGUUGGUGGAACAUGCCAUAGCCUGGAACUUUCCUUUAUUUAUUGAACCAGAAAACAGGUUAUAUUCCUUUUUUACAUGGUGCUCAAGUCAGGAUUGGGCACCUUCUGAUGCCAAUUGUAAGCAAGGACCAUUAUGGCUAAUGCGGGUGGUAUGGACUUUCUUUUCUAAAAGCUUAACUAGUGCACAUUUCACUUAAUAAAGAAAAAUUU